UACGAGAUGUUAAGAGUGUAGCGUGUUGUCCGACUUGUUGCAUCAACAGCAGGACAGAUGUUUUAAGACAAAGGAUUUAACCCCUACAGAUGCAACAGCAGCUUUGAUUUUAAUCCCGAAUGGAAAGUUUUUUUAAAUGUGCGUUGUGGAGGGUUUUGUAGAAAGCAGCAAAAAUGAAACAAUGUUCUCUUUAAUAUCAUUUUAAAAAGUUGUUAUUAUUAAGAAAAACUGUAAUUAACUGUGGCUGAGGGAGAAAAGAACAGAGUGGAUGCCACCCUCCGUUAUAACACAGAAUCUGCGCAUUUCUCUGUCUCAGAACUCCCCUCUUUUCCAGUACCUGCACGAUUUAGGCCACACAGACUUCGAGGCAUGUCCAACGGCAUCACAGGAUGAAGACUACGGUGGACAAGAGGGAGACGCCACAUCUCCCGAUGGAGCUGCACAGAAAGUUAAAGGCGGACGCUGGUGGAGAGUGGCUGAAGCCCUGUGGAGAUGGAGUCCAUUUCACCAGGCGGCUGCAUCUAAUAAGCUGGGGCAGCAGCUGGACGGCGUGUUCGGCCAGUACUCGGUGAGGUGCAUUCUGGACCAGGACGUGCUGCUGCAGGAGGAUGUGGAGCUGAUCGAGCUGUUGGACCCGGGUCUGCUCACCCUCGGGACGCCCCCCUCCGCCUCGUCCGGCCGAGCGAACGCCCUGCCCAGACCGAGCCUCAUAGCCAAGCCGUCACUAUGGGACAUGGCUGGUUUGGUCGGCCUGGCUGCAGUCCUUCUCGGUCUCUGCUCCGUUUCCGAGGGCCUGUGGUCGCUGGCAGCCGCUCCGUGGAGCCUGGUGCUGCUGGGCUGGGCGGGGCUGCGGGGUGUCACGCUGUGGAGACGGGCCCGCAUGCAGAGAGCCGUCCACGCGCGGGUCACGCAGCUCCAGCUCCUGGUCCAUAACAGCAAGACUCUGACGGGACUGUCUCGCAAAGCCCUGCGCCUGGUGCAGGAAACGGAGGUCAUCUCCAGAGGGUUCACCCUUUUGCUCGACAGGGUGAGUGCGGCCGGCUCCUUUAGCAGGGCGGGGCCGGGGGGGAUGCCACGGGGCCAGCAGCUGAUUGGACUGAGGAAAACGCUGUACCGGGCGCUCCGAUCGGCCUUCAGAGCCUCACGCAGAGCAACCUGUCACAUGCUGAAGGCGUUCCCUCUGAACUCUGAGAUCGAUAAUGUGACAAACUAUGUUUCUGCGGUGCCGCUGAAGGAGCUCGGGCUCGGCCUGGGCAUCGAACACCUCGGAGACGAGCAGGCUCAGGAGCUGACCGAUGACUACAGUCUUCCUGCCCUAAAGAUGCUGUUUCAGCUGUGGGUGGGACAGAGCUCUGAGUGUUUCCGUAGACUGGCUCUACUCCUCUCGCCCCAAAGAAUAGAGGAUUUAGAAGAAGGCGGUUCCAAAGGAGACACUUCCCUCCCACCGUCGUCUCCUCCUCCCCCUUGCCCUCCCCCACUCCAUCGGUCCGUCGCCGCGGUGACCGAGCCCCUCCACCACGCCCUGGCCACCUGCCUCUGCGAGGUGCAGCGCAGCUACGACUUCCAUCGACACUUCGAGACGCAGCCGAGGACGACGGGCUCGGACAGGACGGGCAGAGCGAGGGAGAAAUGCCGAGAGCUCAACACCCUGCACACCUCCAUCCGAAGCCUGCAGCUUCACCUCAAGGCCAUGCUCAGCGAGAUGAUCAUCCUGGAGGACGACCUGGAGAAACUCAUGGUGUCCAAAGAGCCGACAGAGUUGUCGUUUGAUGGUUACCAGGACCUCAGCGACCGGCUGCACCAGCUGCAGCCUCACAUGCAGGCCAGCACCGGCUGCUGGGAGGACACCAUCUGCCAGGUGGAGCGCAUGCUGAGGCGAGCCAACGCCUGUCCAGGUAAUGCUGAGGCUCUGGAGCAGUGUGGUCUUCCUUUACCGGAAAUUCCCGCUCCUCCUCCUUCUUACCCGUUAAUCCUGGACCAGGAUCCUGUGCCAGAAGAGCUGGAGUGGGAGGCCUACGUGUCCGACUCCGACUCUGACGGAGAAGGUAGAGAUUCCUGGUCGGACAUGCUGUCACCGGAGGAACGGGAGCGUCAGCGGCGAGAGAGGGAGGAGUCCCGCCGCGUCCUGUCGGAGCUGAAAGCGGUGCUGGGCUUCCGCGCGUCAGAGGGGGAGAGGAUGAAGAGGAAGCAGCUGCUCUUCAACGACCAAGCUGCUGUGACUCCUUCAGCUCGUUGUGAGGCUUCAGAUCCCGCCACCAACCCGUCAGACGCCGUCACUUCUCUGGGAUCUGCAGAAAGUUGCGACGAUGAAGGAAACCACCUUUCAGAGCGCGCCGCAGGAAGCGAAGGGGAGGAAGAGGAAGAGGAAGAGGAAGGAAAGGACGGCAGGGUGAGGCCCGACCCCGCGUCAGAGCCGCUGACUGAGUUCAGCUGCGGCUCCGAGGCGAAGGAAGCGGAGCUGGGAGGAGCAUCGGUCUGUUUGCGGGGAGGGGGAGGAGCGUCGGAGCUGCAUCAGUACGACGGCGUCAUGGAGGAGGGGGGGGAGGGGCAGAACGGUUUGGACUGCUUCCUGACGCCUAAAGUCCCUGCUGUCUCUGUGCUGGACAGACUGACGGAGAUCCACGGCUCGGCGGCUAUCAGCUUCAGUUCGGCCAUCGCGGCUCAGGUGGCGGCGCGCUCGCACUCGCUCAUCGGGAUGGAGGAGCAAACGUUUGGAGAUGAAGAGGAGGAGGGGGAGGGGGACAGACAAACCCCUGAGAAAAACUGAAAUGAAACCUCACGCUGAGAAGGGACUGCAUUUAUGUCUGAUCGUCUGGGUGUCUUAAUCGAUUGGGUCUCGUGUUACAUCUUAAAUGUUUCUCAGAUUUACACAAAACCUCCGUCACCCAUCCAUCCGUCCGUCCGUCCGUCCGUCCGUCCACGUUACUGUUCAUCACCCGACAUUCUUACCGCUCUCUUGCUGUUCAAACUCAGGUACCAGAACCACUAAACCAACAUCUGACCUUUACAGUGUUGAGGUCAGAAGAUCCAGAAUGUCUGCAGUGUACUCGGUUGACAUCCACAUAGUAUUUAUCGUUCACAGUUGUUUGACAGGUGUGGAAACAAAGAUUGUAAGACAACAACAAAAAAACAACAAAGUGGUUAUUUAGUGGGAUUCAUAGGAAAAUAGGGAGGACGUGGUCGUCAGUGCAGUUUUCUCAUAAAUCACUGUGAUCAAAACACUCCAACAUUCGUCUCUGUCAGGAAGACUUUGUUCUGGUUUAGGCUGGAGAAAUGAAAUUUUUAGAGGGAUUUUACAAAGAUGUGUUCAGACAGAAAAGAAAUACACUCAAUGAGAUUGAAUUAGCUGUCUUCAAACUCUCCCUGAAUGAAACUUGCAGAGGUCAGAAGUGAAGGGAGAGCACUUUCUGCUGAGUUUUGAGCUCAACUAAAAUGAGCUAGCUCGCCAUCUAAGACCUUGAUAAUCUCUUUACUGCUAUUUUCAAGCACUCCUGAAAAAUGUAAAGAAAGAUUCACACAAGAUUACAUUUUCAUCAAUAGAGAUUUACUCUUAUUUUUGGCUGUAGAAAUAAGCAGAAAGAGUUUUUUUUUUUAAACAGGACAAGAUGAGCAGUUUGUCCACAGGGAGGCGCCAAAAUCAACACAGUGAAUGUUCCUCACAUCGAUUAUCCAAAGGGUCGGUGAUUUAAUGUCCUGUGUUUGAAUGAUUUGCAGAAUUGUUGGAAUGCUCCCUAUAUAGAAAAGCUCAUUUAAGUGCGUU